AUGAGAUUUUUGUAUUUUUGUCUGUGUUUUGUCCUACUUCAUUUUCACGUGCUUUUACAAAAGUAAAAAUAUCGGCAUUAUUUUGUGAUUAUUUUUAAAUUAGUGUUAUUAUAAUUAUUGAAAAACAAACAAAUAAAUAAUGCAUAGGCUUCUGUCCGCAAAGAGCUUGUGCCAAAAUAAUUUCCACGGAGUUACAUUGCCAGCAACUAAUUCAUAUAAAAGUGUUUCCCUCACUCAAAUAAAAUGUUCUUUUUGCCGUAAAGUACUUUUAACUUCCCAUUGUACAGAGAACUUAUUCCUCGCGCGACACCAGUCUACUAGAACGGUUAAUGCUGUGAGAUCUCUAAAGAAGAAAACCAAACAUAAAGGAUACAAAAAGUAUGGUGAACUGUUACAGGUAAACGAAAGUAGCAUGACUGAAAUGAAAGUGUCUAUAAGCAAGUUAAACGCAUCUCACCUCUCUAAGCUAGCUUCCAGUCCAGUAUCCUUGGGGCAGCUUCAUCAAUUAACAACAAAACCACCCAAAAACAUUGAAGUUGAUAAAGAGCUCCUGCAGACUGUUAGAGAAAAGAUUUUAAAGAGACCAAAGUCAGAUAUCAAAUUAGAGGAUGAUAAAUGUGCACUGAUAUUCACAAAUCAUAAAAUAACUACUUUGGAAGAGAGAUUUAAAGCCAAACAGUACAUAGACAUGGUAAAGGAGAGCUAUUAUAACUUUAGAAAAGCUACUAUUUAUGACCAAAGGUUGCAGGACCUCAGAUAUGCAAUAAAUGAAGGAUUGAAUCAGGAAUUUGACUUUGAGACAAAGUCUCAGAUGCUAAAUGCUGAUCCAAAAUCAUUACCAAAAGGUCCACAUGCAGUUUUUAGAGAGUUGUUUAUUGAUAACCAGUUAGACAGUUAUGACCAGGAGCUCAUGAGUCACAUUGCAAACUUACAGAUGCAAGGUUUAUCCCACCCUGCUAUUGAUGAAAUCUGUGAUGAUUCAGUACACACUGAAAUAGGAGAUGUAAAAGAGGACUCAAAUAUUGAAAAUGAAAUUGCCAAUAUCAAGAGUUUAAAUGUAAAGAAAAAACGGCAAGCAAUAAAACAGAAAAAGAAGAAGCUGCGUGAGAAACGUCGCGCCGCCAAAGAGGUACAUAUGAAGCAGGACAUGCGUGAGAUGGAACGGCGCGGCAAGCAGGACUCCCUGCACAAGCUGCUCACUUCACACCUGCAACUGCUUUGCUCCCUUGACAUGAUGAGCGAGGGUCGGCAAGUAUUACAGUAUUACCGGCAGAGAAGUGCCAGGGCGCCGGAACACCCCAAAGUCACCAGUGUCAAAGUUUACAACACACUUUUACAUGGAUUUGCUUCAUUGGGCCAACUAGAAAAUGUGAAAGAGUUACUAUCAUUCAUGUCAGAAGACCAAGUGGAGCCCAACGCUCAAACGUUUGCUGCAAUAUUUGAGUGUGUUGAGAGAAGCGAUUUGAUAAAUAAAAACUUAGCGUUACAUUAUUAUCAUAGUCAAAUGCAAGAGAAGGGGUUAACACUAAACGACUUGCUAGACAAGACGAAAUUCCUCCAAAACCAACGCGAAGUGGUAUUAAAAGCUGUGCGUCGGUUAGACCCACAUUUUGAACCAGUAUACACCCCGCCAGCGCUAGACUACGACUGCCCCUUACUCGAGAAUAUUAAACUAGAGAAUGUGGAAAAUAGGAAGGGGUUACUGACGUCACCUGCGAGUGGUUUGCUGAGCUUAGAAGAUUUGAGGCUUAAGGGUAAAGAGCAGUUGGCAAUGGAAAUUUCUGGGGAGAUCGAGGUGCAGAAUAUUGCUGUAAAGGAUGAGACUACGAAGAGUGUGGAGAAAUAUAGAGAGAAAUACAACGCCAUCGAGAAGGAGUGGCGCGAUGUUAUUCACGAGGCGUUUACGCGCAACAUGAGCACGCUCAAAUCGCGCAGCAACGCUUCGCACUCCGCCAUCACGCUCUAUCCCUACCUGAAAGUUCUACAGAUUGAUCAAUUUGUAGAGCUGAUAAUGAGUGAAAUCAGCAAACUAGUAGAUGGCAGUGAGACAUACAGCCCUACGCUGAAAUUAUUGCAGAGGGACUUGGGAACUCAGGUUUAUAACAAGUAUCAAAUAGAACAAUUCCGACGUAACGGUGUUCUAGAAAAGAUCGAGCAAAUAUACGAGAAAUACUGCAAAUGGUACCUUGAAAGGCACCCAUUGGAUGACACCAAUAGGCCCUACAAUGGUAGACAAGCGUGGCAGUUACUAGUUCACCAGAACAGAGAAGGGGCUAGCUUGAAUGUCGAAGAAGCUCCUUGGCCCGUGGAAAUACGACAGAACAUUGGGAAAUUCCUCUACAACAUAAUCAUAAAUGAUGUUAAAAUUGACGUCAACAUGUUCAAACAGAAAGCGAAAGUGAAGAAGCUUCCAGCAGUAUACAAAGUCCACCGCCCUUGGGGCAGACUAGUACGGCUAGAACUCAAACCGCAUCCGGCACUAAGUCGAUUAUGGGCGUCGGCUGCUCGCCCACAACUCAAGAUGCGCGCCGCCCUAGCGCCCACGAGAGCGCCGCCCGCACCCUGGCUCGCGCCCACGGCCAAUGGCGCUUAUCUGCUCACCGCUACUCCUUUAGUCAGAAUGCCCUACUUUGUAAUGGCCCAGACUAAGAGGCUGGAGGAAGCACCACCCGCGUCGUUGUACCCAGUGCUGGACAGCCUCAACCAGCUGGGCGAAGUGCCGUGGCGCAUCAACCAGCCCGUGCUCGACCUGCAGAUGAAGAUAUUCAGGUCAGGCGGUGAUAAGAAAUUGGACAUCCCGCCUCCCUCGUCGUCGUUGAAUUUGUCGCAGUGGACGGCUACGGGCGACCAGCGCCCGGUGGCCGGCGACCAUAGCCCAGGUGGUGACCACGGCAAGGCCAGCGGUGACCACAGCCCCGCCAAUGCGCUGCGGCGCCGAGUGGCCAUCAACCGCGCGCGUGCUGAGAUGCACUCGUUGUGGUGCGAUGCAUUAUACAAACUGUCACUGGCCAACCACUACAGGGACCGUAUAUUCUGGCUGCCACACAACAUGGACUUCCGCGGUCGCGUGUACGCGGUGGGGCCGCAUGUGUCGGUGCUAGGAGCGGACGCGGCGCGAUCUUUGCUACAACUCGCUCAACAGAGGCCGCUGGGCCCGCGCGGUUUGAGCUGGCUCAAGCUGCACGCCAUCAACCUUACUGGCACUAAGAAGAGAAGUACUGUUGCUGAAAGACUGGCUUACGCAGACAGCAUCAUAGACAAGAUCCUGGACUCUGCAGACAACCCAUUGAAUGGACAAGGAUGGUGGAAGAAAUCUGAGGAGCCUUGGCAAACGCUCGCCUGCUGUAUGGAGAUCGCUAAUGCCAUGCGAUCGCCAAACCCCGAAGAGUACAUGUGCGGGUUCCCCGUACACCAGGACGGGUCGUGUAACGGGCUGCAGCACUACGCGGCGCUGGGCGGCGACGCGGUGGGCGCGGCCGCCGUCAACCUGGCGCCGCGCGACAAACCGCAAGAUGUUUACAGCGAAAUUGCCGCUCUGGUGGAAAGCAUGCGAGUGAGAGACGCGGCGGCCGGUGUGCCCGCUGCUGUAAUAUUAGAGAACUUUGUCCGACGAAAAGUCAUCAAGCAGACUGUCAUGACUACUGUGUAUGGAGUCACCAAGUUCGGAGCUCGAUUGCAAAUCGCCAAGCAACUCAAAGAUAUCGACGACUUCCCUAAAGAUCAAGUAUGGCCGUGCUCGCAAUAUUUGACGUCGCGAACGUUCGACUCCUUGCGAGAGAUGUUCUCUUCCACAAAGCUGAUACAAGACUGGUUUACCGACUGCGCCAAAGUGAUAUCGGGCGUUUGCGGUGAGAGUGUGGAGUGGGUGACUCCACUAGGGUUGCCAGUUCUGCAGCCGUACUACAGACGCGGGCCUCCCACUAACAACUCCGCGCAGCACUCGCCCGCUGCACCCGUCGACCUACACCAGCGGCCGUGCACAAUGAAGCAGCGUAACGCGUUUCCGCCCAACUUCAUCCACUCUCUGGACUCCUCACACAUGAUGCUGACUGCACUGCACUGCGAAGCGGCCGCUGUCACCUUCGUCUCCGUGCACGACUGCUUCUGGACGCACCCCGACACUGUGGACCAGAUGAACCAGAUAUGUCGCGAGCAGUUUGUGGCCCUGCAUUCGCAACCGAUUUUGGAAAACCUAUCCGAAUUCCUUGUGAAACGAUACAGUUACCCAGAGAGUGAACUUGAAGACGGCACUAUCGGCGCAGCAAACAAAGAGAGAGUCAACGCGUUACUGAAAAAAGUUCCAGAAAAGGGAGACUUCGACAUCAACAGUGUGCUCGACUCAGUAUACUUCUUCAGCUAGUUCCGUUCCGUAGUAGACUGGACAUGCGCGUAGAACAAGAUCCCAGGACCGCCAGACAUUACUUAUGUAUUUUCUGAGAAAGUAUGUGUGUCCUACACAUAUACUUUCUCAAAGUAGUGCUAAGGCGGACACAAGUUAUCGGACGUGUCCGUAAGCCGUGGUCACGUCUGUGGCAGUUGUGGAAGAUAGGUGUGCAGUCGUUUGGGACGCGGGUUACGAACUCAUCCGAGCGUUUUCGGCUGUGAAAAACAUCCAGCGGCCCAGAAUGGGGAUGAUGCCUAUGUCAAAAAUAAAUUAUUUCUUAGUAAUUAUUAAAUAGAGUGUCUUCCAAAAUUCGUAAAAUCCGCAUUUGAUGCUAGUUAUAAGUUUGCUAACCAAAUCUUAUGACGUCACAUCUGUGUAUUUCAUACAAGCUCCCAUACUAAACAAACGUUUUGACGUUUAAUAAAAAGUAGCUGAUUUGACUAGUAGUCAUUGUCCCUAUUCUAUCGAACGUCCAAGCGCUCAAGGACGUCCCAAAGUUACGUCCGCUACUCACGUCCGAUAGUUUGCGCAGUGUACAUUUUAUCAUCUAAGAUACCUAUAAAUCGCGGCGGUCACCCGCGUCCGAUAUAAUUUGUCUCCGUCUCUAGCGUUGUACUUUUGAAGUACGCAUAUCUGCUAGCUUGUGUCUACAGCCAAUCUAUAGGUAUUAGCAGGCGGUCCAUGGAUCUUGGAACAACGGUCCUGUGGCCGUAUCAAACUUGUUCGUAAUGCGUUUUAUGACUACUUUUGCACAUCAAGAACUGCCAAUAUUGACGACU